AUGCAAACCCUUACAGACCCCCGCGCUCUACUGGACCCCAACCUCCCCUUCAAUGAAGCAGCAGUGCAGCUGCUAGACAGAGUUGUGGCGGCUAUGUUCCUCUCUAACAAUGAUGUAGAGCGGGAUGUGGCGCAUCGGGUUUUGGGGGAGUUUAAAAAUAUGCCGAAUGCGUGGACGCAUGUCGCUUUCAUUUUAAACUCUUCAAAAGACCCGAACACAAAGUUCUUUGCUCUUCAGAUUCUAGAGGCAACCAUUACGACGCGCUGGAAUGUGCUGCCGGAAGCAGAGAGAAACGGCAUUAAGGCUUUCGUUACAUCUUUGGUUAUUCAACUGGCGAGCGAUGAGGGGAAGCAAAAAACAGAAAAACAUUUCAUCAACAAGGUCAAUGAAAACCUCAUUCAGAUAGUGAAGAGGGAGUGGCCUGAGCGGUGGCCUUCGUUUAUUUCUGAAGUUUGCUAUGUCUUUCAGACAGAUAUUAUUGCUAUACUUCUUGAGCAUUUCUUUGAGGAUAUUGCGUUUCGUUCGGAGUGUUUAAGAUGCUUAACAGAGAAGAGGCAAGAGCAGCGGAAUGCUGAGGGUCCGCUGUUGCUCUCAGCUGACGGUGGAGAAGGUUCUCUUACUCCUGCUGAGUUAUCUUGGAGAGUAAAACAGUAUGCUGAAGUUUUAAACGAAGUUCGAGGGGUUUUAAUUAGUAGGAUGGCGAAGCCACAAGAGGUGUAUAUUCAAUUUGAUGAGGAGACAGGCGAAGUAACACGCGAUUAUGAAGUAGAUACAGCUGAGGUGUCUCUGUACAACACAAUGCGCUGUACACAAGUACUUCUAACAAACUUAGGCCAGUUAGAAACCCAAAGACUCAUGCUCUCCGUACUUCAUUUAGAGUGCAUGCACGCCCCCAUUCAAGGAGAGCAGUGGAAUUCAACUACUUUAAACCGGCUUUGUUACAGCAUUGGGUCCAUCAGCGGAGCGAUGAGCGAAGCAGUCGAGAGGCCUUUCGUUGUCGAAGUUAUUCGCAGCCUCCUCAACCUUUGCGAGUCUAUGAGAGGAAAGGGAAAUAAAGCGAUAGUAGCGAGCAACAUAAUGUAUGUAGUCGGUCAAUACCCUCGUUUUCUGCGAGCAUACUGGAAGUUCUUGAAGACAGUCAUUGCUAAAUUGUUUGAGUUUAUGCAUGAGUCCUUUCCGGGGGUGCGCGACAUGGCCUGCGAAACUUUCUUAAAGGUUGCUCAAAAGUGCAAACAAACCAUCGCAGCCACCCACCAAGAGGACGAGCGUAACUUCGUGUUAACAGUCAUAGAAAACCACUCGCAGCAGACAUCAGUUUUAGAUGAGAAGCAGCAGCUUCUCUUCUUUGAGGCGGUGGGACAUAUAAUCUCUGCUACCCCACCAGGUGUGCAGACAGAAUGUAUUGCUGCUUUGAUGUCUUCGAGCUUAAACAAAUGGAAGGAAACUCUUGCUCAAAGAAAUUCUAAUCCAGAUGCACUUUUUUCAGUUCACUCUUCAAGACAACUUGUUCAUAUUAUUCGGAUUAGUCAGCGGAUUGCAAAAGAUAACACUCCGGACUCCAGAGACUGCGAAGUGUUGGCUCUUCUUGCGGUCCUCAUGGCUCGCCUCGACACCCACAUCUCCUCGGUGUUGCCGGUGAUAUUUGACUACAUUUUCGACUGUACACUUCAAAUGAUCAAGUCGGACUUCCAAAGUUACCCCGACCACCGCGAGCGUUUCUACGCUUUGCUAAAGGCUUGCAAUCAAAAUUGUUUUUCAGGGCUUUUCUCGCUGCCUUCCAAUCAAUUAAAGGCAUUUGUUGAAUCCCUAGCUUUUGAGCGACUUUUGCAGGACAUAUUACUUCAGUUUGAUGAAAGAAAUUCUUUUAGUGCUGACUGA